AUGGGAACAACACCUCACCACAAAGACCACCACACGGCAGAGCCCCUUCCCACGUCUGCUCAAGCCAUGUCCCACCCCAUCAGCCUGGUGGAGAAAGCCCCUUCCACCGGGCAAGAGCAAGAGAGUGGCCCUCGCAUCGGCGAGAAGGAAACUUACCAUUUGUACAACCAGAGUGCUUUGUACUCAGGACAGUCUCGCCCCAAGGGGAAAAUAUUCCAGGUUUUCAAAGGCAACUUCUCAGAGUCGACAGAGCCUUACCUAAAGACGACCCUGCACUCUCCCUUCCCUACCCUGAGGAGCCCUUUCACAGACCACCCGUUUCAGUCCCAGACCACAGCAUCCAGCGAUCCAAAUGGAAUGGGGCUGGCAAGAACUACACACUCAGACCCUUCUCCCCAUCGCAACACCUCGGGAAGCCUUAGGGAAGCAGAGCGAGGGGAUGGGACCGAAGUAGUAGUGCAGGAGGCAGAUUUUGCCACCACAACUGCUGGACCAUCAACUGAUCCUGAAGCAGUGUCGGUGCCUUUUAAACCCACCCGCUAUGGCAUGUGGGAUAUGCUGAGCAAAAACAACUCUUGGGUAACCUUGAAUCUCAGUACAAAUGUCCCUCUGUUUGCUGGCUCUGGAUCUGCUACAGCAGCAGCUGGUCACUCCGUUCAGACCAGUUUUGACGUCAGCAUCUCGUCCCCGUCAGCGGGAGACCCCGAGGGACUCACUCCAACGCAGCACGGCGCGGUGACCAAUGCCACGUCGCUGGGCAGUGCUCUCUCCUCAGUGCCUGCCACCAGGUUGUCCAGCUCCACCUCCACAGCUGGCUCCACCGCCACCGGGAACUUCCUGAACAGACUGGUUCCUGCCGGGACCUGGAAACCAGGUGUGCAAGGAAACAUCUCCCAUGUCACCGAGGGGGACAAACCCCAGCACAGAGCAACCAUCUGUCUCAGCAAGAUGGACAUUGCCUGGAUAAUUCUGGCUAUCAGCGUCCCUAUAUCCUCAUGUUGUAAGUUAAUUGCCACUUUAUUUUUCUUUCUCUUUCUUUAA